CUUUGUUUCUAAGUUGAAACUUGGAAAACUUCCUUUCCUUUCUCCUUUCUCAUACAAUAGUAGUCAUGAUGAAGACUACAAUUCCUUCUUCAAUUCAUAUUCAUGUUGCAAUCAUGCUCUUCUCCCUUCUCGGUGGGCUGAGUUCUGCUCAAUUGUCUACAAAUUUUUACUCAAAAUCUUGUCCCAGUGCCCUUUCCAUUAUCAAAUCUGGUGUGAUAUCCGCCAUUAAGGCUGAAACUCGAAUGGGAGCAUCCUUGCUUCGUCUCCAUUUCCAUGACUGCUUUGUCAAUGGUUGUGAUGGAUCGAUUUUGUUGGAUGACACAUCAACUUUUACGGGGGAACAAACUUCUCUAGCAAAUAACAACUCCAUAAGAGGAUUGAACGUGAUUGACAACAUUAAAGCUCAACUUGAGAACAGUUGUCCCGGUGUUGUAUCUUGUGCUGAUAUUGUAGCUGUUGCUGCUCGAGACUCAACUGUUGUGCUUGGUGGUCCUAGUUGGAAUGUGUUAUUAGGGAGACGAGACUCAACCACAGCAAGUAUAAGUGCAGCUAACAACAAUCUUCCUGGACCAAAUUUUAAUCUCAGCGCACUCUUAUCUUCUUUCUCCAAACAUGGCUUUAGUGCUAGGGAAUUGGUUGCUCUCUCCGGUGGCCACACAAUAGGGAAAGCUAGGUGCACAACAUUUCGAUCUCGAAUCUACAACGAUACCAACAUAGAUCCCUCAUUUGCAUCAUCGUUGCAAGGAAUAUGUCCUCGAAGUGGAGGUGACAACAACCUUACUCCAAUGGACCCCACUCCAACCAAGUUUGAUAAUUGUUAUUUCAGGGACUUAUUGAAGAAAAAGGGACUCUUCCAUUCUGACCAAGAACUCUAUAACGGAGGUUCUACAGAUUCCAUAGUCAAGACGUAUACCUUUAAUCCUUCCAUUUUCUCCAAAGAUUUUGCAGAUGCUAUGCUGAAAAUGAGUAAUCUCGGUCCUCUCACAGGCUCAAGUGGCCAAAUUAGGAAGAAUUGUGGGAAAGUUAAUUGAGUUCCAUGCAUCCAAAUUGCAAUAUAAGUAUAUUAUAAGCUUCAACCACGAGAGUUACCAAAUAAAAUGGGGUUAUAAGGAUGCGUGGAGAAGCCAAAAUUAAAGUUGGAUUAUUAUGAAUAUGUUGUUUUGCGUUAAUCCGUUGUAAGUGAGAAUUAUAUAUAUGAAAUUUGUUUUGCCUGUGCAUGUCAUAAUAUAUUGUAACUUUGUCUAUAUUAUAAUGUAAUAUAUUCCAAUAUUUACUGCC